AUGCCUUCGCCGUCUCCCGCCAGCGGCGCAUCUUCACCGCUGCGCGAUGCACGCCGUUCACGCUUUACGUACCGACAGCUUGCCCAGCUGGCAACGUAUGGCACGACCACGCCUCUGCGCGUGAUUGCGCAUAUAGACCUCGAUGCAUUCUAUGCUCAGUGCGAGAUGGUCCGUCUCGGCAUUCCCGAAGACAAGCCUCUCGCCGUCCAGCAGUGGCAGGGCCUCAUUGCUAUCAACUAUCCUGCUAGGAAAUGGCAGAUUGGACGCCACUGCGACGUCGCAGAGGCGAAGAAGCUGUGCCCAGAGCUGAUUGCGCAGCACGUGGCCACCUGGAGGGAGGGCGACGACAAGUGGGCGUAUCGGGAGGAUGCUGCCGCCAACAUUGCGACGGACAAGGUGUCCCUUGAUCCGUACCGCUUGCAGUCGAGGAGGAUUUUGGCCCUGAUCAAGGAUUGCUUGCCAAAGGACCUUCAAAAGGUAGAAAAGGCCAGCAUCGACGAAGUCUUCCUGGACCUCUCGGCCCAAGUCCACACUGAACUCUUGCGCCGCUUUCCGGAACUGUCCACCGCACCUUCGUCUGGCGACAGCGCUCAACAUUUACCUUUCCCGUCUGCUGCCGCCCUCGACUGGCAGACCGACAACCUUGUCGUCCUUGAAGAGGAGCAAGAGGCCCUCGAUCCAGACUGGGAUGACGUCGUCAUGUUGGUGGGCUCGGAAAUAGUCCGCGGCGUCCGCGCACAGAUACGGGAGCGGCUGGGAUACACGUGUUCCGCCGGUAUUGCGAAUAGCAAGCUCGUCAGCAAGCUCGGCUCGGCCUACAAGAAGCCCAAUGCCCAGACGGUGGUGCGCAGCCGAGCCGUACUGCCAUUCCUAACGGGCAUCAAAGUGACCAAGAUGAGGAACCUUGGCGGCAAGCUGGGGGACCAGGUCGUUUCUAUCUUCAACACGGAGAGCGUCAAGGAGCUUCGCGAUAUCCCCUUGGACCAGAUCAAGGCAAAGCUCGGCGACGAGACUGCUGUCUGGCUCUACAACACCAUCCGAGGAGUCGACCACAGCGAGGUGAACUCCCGUACACAGAUCAAGUCGAUGCUUUCGGCCAAGUCCUUUCGGCCCUCAAUCAACACGCCCGAACAGGCCAUUAAGUGGCUCAGAAUCUUUGCCGGUGACAUCUAUUCCCGCCUUGUCGAAGAAGGCAUACUGGAGCACAAGCGAUGGCCACGAACAAUCAACCUCCAUCACCGUCACGCAGGACAGACGCGCAGCAAGCAGAGCCCCAUCUCCCCCGGAAAGGCCUUGGACGAACAGGCCUUGUUCAAUCUUGCCAAGGACCUCCUUCACCAAAUCAUGGCCGAAGGGGACGUCUGGCCCUGUGCCAACCUGAGCCUAAGCGUUGGUGGGUUCGAAGAAGGCGUCAAAGGCAACAUGGCCAUUGGCGCCUUUUUCAAGAAGAGGGAUGAAGUCCCCCCUCCUCUACCUCCCACUGAUACAAUACCUGAAGGUCGGACCGCGGAGCAACCGAGCAAGAAACAUCGACUUGAUGAAGUUCGAAGCAUCCAGCGGUUCUUUGCUAAGCGACCUGCUGGUGAUGCAGCAUCUCUGGGUGCAAACGGGCAGCUUCACGUCGAGCAGCUCCCGGCGGAUGACACCUCUUCCUUUUGGCUCGACCACGGAAGUGAGGGGGCAGACACUGGCGGGCCCGGAUCUCGAUCUAGCCACAACACGACGGGCCCAGAGGACUCGGCCCAGUUCGCAAUCUAUGCUUGUGCCAGAUGCAAAGCUGGUUUCAGUGAUGAGGUGUCAUUACAGAGUCAUCAGGACUGGCAUUUCGCCAAGGACAUACAGGAUAGUGAACGUGUCCCGUCCACAUCUUCUCAACAGCCAACCCCCUCCCGCAGCCACACCUCCAGGAGCUCUGGUUCCGCUUCUAAACGCGGGCGCGGAGGCUCAAAGCUUGAGCAGGGACAGAGUAGGCUCAAGUUUGGCUGA